CAGGAAGGAGAAUUAGAAGGAGACCGAGGAUACCUUAGAAGGAUACCAAACGAGGAUACCUUAGAAGGAUACCAAGCUCAGGAAGGAGAACCAUGUGGAUACGGGCAAUAUUGGUGGUUGUGCUGGUAUGCCUCCUGAUUCUACACAUUUGGAAACUGCUUAGUGUGUCCAAGAAGUACCCGCCUGGACCUUCGAUAUUAGAGUCUGCUGCACAAAUAAUGAGAUAUGGAUUCAGAGUUCAUCCUGAUCUUCUUGCUAAGCUGGCAAAGACACAUGGAAAGAUUUUCACUCUAUGGGGAGGGACUCAGCGUCUAGUAAUACUGUCUGGAUUUGAAGCCAUAAAAGAAGGGCUAAUAAAGAAUUCAGAAAUAUUUUCCAGAAGACCGGUGACACCUUUCUUUAAAGUUGUGGCAAAAGAAAAAGGUAUUGUGUUCUCAAAUGGUCACACCUGGAAGCAGCAAAGGAAGUUUGGAAUAGUGACCAUGAGGAGGCUGGGACUGGGGAAGAAAGGUGUGCAGAACCAAAUAGAAGAUGAAGCCCUUCAGCUCGUUGAGAUUUUCGCACGUACAAAAGGGCAGCCAAUUGACCCUUCAUUACCCAUCGUUAAUUCAACCACCCAUGUGGCAUGUGCUUUAGUUUUUGGAGAUCGGUAUUCUUCUGAUGAUGAAAAAUUCUGCAAGCUGACUGAAGCUAUUCAAUAUAAUGCAGAAUUUGGAGGUACCCUCUUUCACUUAAUGUAUGAAAUAUUCCCAUGGCUCAUGAAACAAAUUCCAUGGCCGUACAAGAAGUCAUUUGCCUAUGUAGAUGUCUUGCUUUCACAUGCAAAGAAGGAGAUAGAAAAACACAGGGUGGAACCACCAAUGGAAGAGCCACAAGAUUUCAUCGAUUACUAUCUAUUUCAAAUAGAGAAAACCAAGAAUGACCCCACUUCAACAUACGACAAUGAAAACCUGGUCCAGUGUAUUUCUGACUUCUUAUCUGCUGGGACUGACACAACAGCCAAAACUCUGCAAUGGGCAUUGCUUCUUAUCACAACUCAUCCAGAUAUCCAAGAGAAAGUCCAUAAGGAGCUAGAUGAUGCUUUUGGUUCCUCCCAAAUAAUUGGCUACCAAGAUCGGAAAAAAAUACCUUAUACCUUUGCUCUGCUUCAUGAGGUUAUGCGUUACAAAUGUAUCGUAUUAUCUGGAAACCCUAGAAUGUCUCUGCAGGAUAUCACCAUUCUUGGUACUUUCAUUCCUAAGGGUUCCAUUAUUGUUCCAGAUAUACACUCAGUUUUAUCUGAUCCUAAGAUUUGGGAGACCCCCGAAAAGUUCAACCCAAGUCAUUUUUUGGACAAGGAUGGAAAAUUUGUGGAUAGAGAAGAACUUCUGCUCUUUGGUGCAGGAGCCCGUUUAUGUAUAGGGAAGGACUUGGCGAAAAUGGAACUGAUCACCUUCUUCUCCAAUCUGUUGAGAGCAUUCACCUUCAAGCUGCCAGAAGGAGUGAAAGAAGUCAGCACGGAGCCUGUAUUAGGCUUUACACUGACUCCCCAACCUUAUAAGCUCUGUGCUAUUCCCCGCAACAGUGAAACAUGA